CCGGUUGGAUUAGAUUGUGCAUGCAUCUCUCCUUCAGUACAUUUUACCGACCCUGAAUCAAAAGUAUAUCAAAUUUGUAGUGAUACCCGAAUUAUUACAAAAUUGAUCAAUGAGGGCAUCUACAAUAGACAAACCAUGCUUGAAACAUUUGCAAUUACUUACAUUGGCAUGAUUUGGCAUAAAAUAUGAUGAUUUUGCUAAACCGCGUAAAACGAGUCAAAUUGACAGAGUUUUUAAAAUUUGCGGCGAUUGAAUCUUGACUUUUAACUCAAAGUUUCUUUUUGAAAUCUUUAAGUAUUAAAAGGUUGAAGUUACAAAAUUGUUCAAAAAGAUUCAUCCAACAUGAACAUUUGUUUUGUUAUCCCAUUGAUUGUCUUAUCUGUCGCUAAACUAUCAUGCGCCAGAUCAACUUUGGGUAAAUGCCCCGAGUACUCAGCGAUGUCUGACUUUGACCUGGACUCUUUUCUGGGCAAGUGGCACAUGAUAGAACAAUACCCCAACCCCAGGACCAAGGACACCGUUUGCUUGGUCACGGACUACAAGAGGCAGAGCACGAACCAAACAGGUACCUAUCUGACCAUCGGCAUGACCUACGUAGAGCAGGGUGUGAAUAAAGAGGGAGCCCUGACUGGUCUGUACUUGCAGGGGGACAGCAAGGCAGAGUUCAUCUAUGUGCCCUCUCUGCACGAGAACCCGAAUGUGUUCUAUCUGGACACCAACUAUGAAGAGUAUGCUCUGCAGUACAGUUGUAAGAACACAGCUCACGGAGUGUUCGAAUCUGCAGCUAUAUACUCACGAACAGAGACACUUCCGAGGCAAGUGAUUCAUAUGCUCAAAGCUCAACUUGCCCAGCUGGGAUCGGACAUCUUCAAGUUUGAGGAACCACAACACAUUGGGUGUCCUCAAUUCUAGACGAUUGGGCAGCGACUAAUCGAUAUUAAAAAAAACUGGACUGCAGAAUUUAUUUUUUGUUACAUUUGA